AUGUCUUCUAUCAAGAACGUUGCCGUCGUCGGUGCUUCUGGCAACAUUGGAGCGCCCAUCACGGAGGCGCUUCUCGCCGCUGGCUUCAAAGUCACGGCAUUGACCCGAGAAUCUUCCUCGUCAACCUUUCCUUCCGGUGUAGUCGUCAAGAAGGUCAACUUGGAUUCGGUUGACUCACUCAAGGAGGCCCUCCAGGGACAAGAUGCUGUCGUCUCGGCGGCGGCUACACCAGCAGUCGGCAAGCAAUAUCCCAUUGUCGACGCUUCCAUCGCUGCUGGCGUGAAGCGCUUCGUCCCUUCAGAGUUUGGCGUCAACACGAGAACAAUCCAGGACCAGGGGCUCAAGACUAUCCUCUCGGGCAAAAUCCAAGUGCUCGACUAUAUUAUCAAAAAGUCCGAGGAGAGCCCGUCAUUCACUUGGACAGCGUUUACCAAUGGACUUUUCUUUGACUGGGGUCUGAGGCUCAGCGGGCUCGGUUUCGACAAGACGACCAAGACGGCUCGGAUCAUCGACACGGGCGACACGCCCUUUUUCGCAUCCAACCUGUCUUUCAUCGGCAAGGCCGUAGCCGCUUCGCUCUCCCGCGCCGACAAGACGGCGAACCAGUACCUGUCCAUUGCCUCGUUUACGACGACCCAGAACCAGCUGCUCAAGAUUUUCGAGGAGGAGAGCGGGGCGCAGUGGCAGAAGGAGCCUGUCAAGUCCACGGACCUGACCGCCAUUGGUAACGAGAAGCUAGCCAAGAAAGAUUUCAGUGCCUUCCGCGACUUCUUGGGGGCGUACCUGUACAGAGAUGGCGGCGACAGCGCCAAGGGCGUUGAACUGGCCAACGGCCUUCUGGGUCUCGAGGAGGAAGACCCUAGGCCCACGAUCAAGGCUUUCCUUGAGGGCAAAUUGUAG